AGAGCAGGAGCACAGGAGGAGGAGGAGUAGGAAGAGGAAGCAGCACAAAGUUCAUCCCUGUAUCUUCAGCUCCCCCAGCACCAGGAACGUUGUCCCCCCCUGCCCUUUCAGCAGGAUUUUUCAUUCCCAAACUGUGCCCAGAUGGAAGAGGAAGAGGAAAAGCCCCAGAGAUGCCGAACAAGGAGGGGCUGCAAACCCAGUCCAGGGAGCUGCGAGGAGGAAAGAUCCCCCCAGUGCCAGGAACACGGCCAGAGAUCCAGCCAGAGCUCAGAGCUGGGGGAGAAGCCCCACAAGUGCUUGGAAUGUGGGAAGGGCUUCAGGUACAGCUUUGAAUUGAUCCGGCACCAGAGGAUCCACACUGGGGAAAAGCCCUACGAGUGUGGGGAAUGUGGGAAGAGCUUCAGCCAGAGCUCCAACCUUUGGAAACACCAGAGGAUCCACACGGGGGAAAAGCCCUAUGAGUGUGGGAAAUGUGGGAAGAGCUUCAGAGAGAUCUCUCACCUGAUGACACACCAGGUGAUCCACACAGGGGAACGGCCCUACACCUGCUUGGAAUGUGGGAAGAGCUUUGGGCGGAGCUCCAACCUGAGAAAUCACCAGCGCAUCCACACUGGGGAGAGGCCCUUCCGCUGCCCCGACUGCGGGAAGGGCUUCAACCGUAACUCCACCCUCACUCUCCACCGGCGCAUCCACAGUGGGGAGAGGCCCUACGAGUGUCCCCAGUGUGGGAAGAGCUUCUCCAGGAGCUCUCACUUGACCCGACACCAACGGAGGCACCAAGAAGAACGACCCCACAAGUGCUUGGAAUGUGGGAAGGGCUUCAGAAAGAGCUCCCACCUGAUCCUACACCAGAGGAUCCACACUGGGGAAAAGCCCUACGAGUGUGGGAAAUGUGGGAAGAGCUUCAGCCGGAGCUCUGACUUUUGGAAACACCAGACGAUCCACACUGGGGAAAAGCCCUAUGAGUGUGGGAAAUGUGGGAAGAGCUUCAGAGAUAUCUCUGACCUGAUGAGACACCAGGUGAUCCACACUGGGGAACGGCCCUACACCUGCUUGGAAUGUGGGAAGAGCUUUCGGUGGAGCUCCUACCUGAGGGCACACCAACGCAUCCACACUGGGGAGAGGCCCUAUGAGUGUCCUGAAUGUGGGAAGAGGUUUCAGACCAGCUCUGAUGUCCUCAAACAUGAGCGGAUUCACACAGAGGAGAGGCCCUUCCGCUGCCCCGACUGCGGGAAGGGCUUCCAGCAGAACGGCAACCUCACCGUCCACCGGCGCAUCCACAGUGGGGAGAGGCCCUACGAGUGUCCCCAGUGUGGGAAGAGCUUCUCCACCAGCUCUAACUUGACCCGACACCAACGGAGGCACCAGAUCCACACUGGGGAAAAGCCCUACAAGUGUGGGGAAUGUGGGAGGAGCUUCAGCCGGAGCUCCAGCCUGAGGAAUCACCAGGUGAUCCACACUGGGGAACGGCCCUAUGAGUGUGGGAAAUGUGGGAAGAGCUUCAGAGAUGUCUCUGGCCUGAUGAAACACCAGGUGAUCCACACAGGGGAACGGCCCUACACCUGCUUGGAAUGUGGGAAGAGCUUUGGGUGGAGCUCCACCCUGAGAAAACACCAGCUUAUCCACACUGGGGAGAGGCUCUACGAGUGUCCCCAGUGUGGGAAGAGGUUUCAGCGCAGCUCCGAUGUCCUCCAACAUGAGCGGAUUCACACAGAGGAGAGGCCCUUCCGCUGCCCCGACUGCGGGAAGGGCUUCAAGCAAAACUCCAACCUCACCGUCCACCGGCGCAUCCACACUGGGGAGAGGCCCUAUGAGUGUCCCCAGUGUGGGAAGAGCUUCUCAGACAGCUCUCACUUGACCCGACACCAACGGAGGCACCAGUAAGGGAAGCCCUGCGAGUGCCCCGAGUGCGGGAAGAGCUUCGUGCGCUGCUCCAGCUCCAUCCCCCAUGGGAGGAUCGGCGUUGGAUGAUCCCCAGUGACCCCCGUUGGGCAGAGCCCUGGUGAUCCGUGGUCCUGGUGAUCCGUGUUGGGAAGACACCUGGCUGGGAGGCUCCACAUCUUCCUGUGUCCUUGUGGGCACCUGGAUGAAAGCAAGGGAAUCAAAGUCCAUCAGGACACAGACCAACAAUGGGAAUUCCUUGAGGAGAUUGGAUUUGUUGACGUUCAAUCAUAGAGAACCUUUCCUCACUGCCUCAGGAGCUGUGUGGGCAGAGAAAAGGGGGUGACACCGGGCUUGGGGGCCCUGAGGGAAGACACACACUCUAGGGGAGGGGAUAUCUGAACCUAGGGACCCCCUCUCACAUUCUUCCUCAGGUAGAAGCCAAGCCCCAGUGCCAGGAAGACAAAACGCAACAAGGAGCCCCCGAUCCCCGUCAUCAUC